UCCUUCGCGCCGCAUCUCAUCGCGUCGCGACGCACGCAAUCCUUUGCGCAUGCGCACUAGCGCCCCGCCGCGAACGCAAUUCAGAGGUCCGAACCGGUUGCCAGCCACGACUGGCCUCAGUCAGCGUUAACCUCCUGCGCCGAGUGGACGUCCGUGCAGUGUGCUCUCCGCUUAAUACGCUACUCUUUCGCGACCCGGUAUCACUGGUUCCUGUGAUGGCGGUGUGACGCCAUGCGGCGCGUGCUGUGGCUGUGCGCUGUGCUGUUGUCGGCGGCGUUGCCGCGCCUCGGGAGCGCCGGCGCCGUCGCCCGCCUGACGGACGCGCCCGUCGGCGCCGACUGGCUGCCGCAGCCCGACGAGGAGCGCGACGAGGCCGGCCGGCCGCGGCGCAUCGUGCCCAAGUCGCUGUUCGUCGCGCCCGGCCGCCAGUCGCAGCCCUGCUCGUCGGGCUACCGCUCCGACGGCAAGGGCCGCUGCGUCAAGUUCCUCUGGGUCGACCGCAGCGUCCACCUCAGUUUCCUCAUCAGCCAGCUCAACGGCCAGUUCGGCGGCGGCGGACCCGGCACCUCGGCGAGCAAGAUCUCCGACGACAUCAACAGGGUGGACCGCAGUCCGCUCCGGGUGACCCUCGGCAUCGCCACUGAGACCAUCACCACUCCCGAUGCCAGUGUCGAGCGGAUCGCUGCUUGAUGCUCCCACUUAUUCGGUGAACGAUGUGUCGAACAGAACCCAGUGAAAUAACUCACUGUUUUACAGUUGUCCACCAGUUUUACAGGCAUACCUUGUUGAGAAACGGUAACAAUAAUAUUCUUCCAGCAGUAGUCACAAAUUGCUGCUGAACUCUAGUCGACAUUUAAUUUAUCGAGGACGACACUUUGACAGUGUUCGUGUGUAUAGAAAAGAAAAGGUUAAUGACCAGUCAAAAGUAUUACAGACUGAAUGCAAUGAUACAAUCAUGUCAUACACUGUAAGGCACAGUAGUGCCGGCUUUUAAAUAUAUAGUCUUAGGUAAAUAAUAAAUUACAUAUAUUAAACACAGAUAGCUGACAGAUGAAAAAGCGACUAUCUAUCAGAACAUAUAAAACAUGGGAGAAAAUGCAGUAGCAUUUCUCUCGAAUUCUAAUUUCAUCAGUAUUGUCAAUAUGGUGCUUCUGUUUCUUAGGUCCACUAGUCAGUCGUUUCUCACCAUUCAGGAGAAUGAAACCUGUUUUCUUACUGUAUGGAACAUAUUCAUUUCUUAGUAACUAAGUUUCUCUAUUUUAUAAUGUGUUGUUAUAUUUAAUUAUGUUUUGAAGUUGAAAUAAAAGUUUUCUUUAUUAUUUCUUAAUCAUAAUAAUUUACAAGCAGCUAAAAUUUUUCUCUAUAUAUGAAUUUAAAAUAAGAACUAAGUUGAUAACAAAACAAUAAAAUUGUGUUUAAAUCCAUAACAGAUUCCUUUGCCGUUGUUUGUCCCCUUUAUUAAGCUAAACAAUACUCUCGUUUUUGGUGAACAAAAUUUAUCACUUCUUUAACAGUUUUGGGUUUCGUGUAGAGUAAUCCAUUGGUUUCCUUGAAGUUCGGUGCAAUACGAUCAAGGGAGUAGAAAGAGCCCCAUGUAAUAAUAUAUCACCAGUUUUGGAAUAACUCAUUACUUUGAAAGUACUGAUUGUGCACAAGCGAGAACUAACAAUAACGUGUCGUGCUCACUCGUGGUAGUGCAGUGGGAUACUACUCUUCAAAGAUUUAGGCAUUUUAAUUGCAUCAUCACAAAUCAUAUAUUCGCUAGUAAAAUUCGUCACAAAUAAUCCAUCACAAUUCUGGGAAGGAUAGUGAUACAAGUACUACAACACUAGAGAAAAAAUUACUUUAAUUACACGUUAUUUAAGCUGCCGUUGUCUCUCAAACAAGCUGAGUAUACACAAAAAAAACUUUUGAUUAUUUACUAAUUAACAUGAAAAUUGCCAUACAGGUAGUAAAGCAAUUCUUAAAUGUAACUCCCAGUCAUUUCUUCUGGAUAAAUCUUUCUGUUCCACUGAUUUUUUUAUUUCACAAGUGGUAAUAUGUAAAAAAAUUAGUUUUAAUAGUAGUUGCAUUAAAAAGUGGCUGGUUGCCGUAUUUUUUCAGUAAAAUAUCAUUAUCCACGGCCACGGAACUCAUCAGUCCAAAUAAAAUGGACAAAUUGUUAUUGAACAUGUUCAUUAACGUUAAAUCUAAGGCAGUGUACCUUUUACAAACUUGUAAAUGGUCAGCACAGAUAUAUUGUUUUAAUAGCCUACAAAUGGACAGUUUCCACAUGAUUUGGUUGGAGAAAAGACCAUGACCAUCUUCCUCUGUCACUCAUUUCUCACUACGCUAGUGCUGUGUCUCUAGUGAGAUCAGUAUCGACGAGACAACUCUAAUCUUUAUUCUUUUCGCCAUUGUGCUUUUACAGAGAGAGUCGAACCAACAGUGAACACAUAGUUUCUUGAAUUUUGGAACGUAAUAUUCGUUACGUGAAAUGUAAUGUUAAACUUAGUGCAUAUGAGGAACCAUAUUUGCAUAUUUACUUAUCGGUACAUGCUAGACACUGUCAAAUCCUGUUCUGUAUUGCAUAAAAGUGUAAUUUGGUCAAUACAAAACUACUUUUUAGUAAGAAAUUCUACUUUGUAUUGCAUAAAAGUAAAAUUUCCUCAAUCCUUAAAUACUUUUUAGUAAUAAAUUAUAUCAGAACAUAUCAUGAAGCUACAUAAAGAAUUUUCUUUCUUUUAAAAUACCAAGGUGGCAAUUUGCUAUUACUAAUAACUUUUAUUUAGUUUAUAUUGAACAAAGAGAUGACUGUGGCUGCCUUCACCUGAGGUAUUAACAUAUUGCAACGAUGUGUAGGAAGAUAUCACUUAGCUGUCUUUUUAAAAAGAAACUUUUUACAAACUCAAUACUUUACGGCAUGCUGGUUGUUUUGCACGGAUGCAUCUGCAUGUUCUAGCGUUAGCCGACAUUAACAUUGUGAAAACACAGUUAUAGUCCUUUAAAUAAACAAGGUCAUUCUAUAA